AAACCCUAGUCGGAGUUGCAGCUCUCCAGCACCGUCGCAGCUAUGGUUACCUACGACCUGACUCCACGCAUCGCGCCGCUCCUCGACCGGCAUCUAGUCUUCCCUCUCCUGGAGUUUUUGCAGGAGCGGCAGCUCUACCCCGACGAGCAGAUCCUCAAGUCUAAGAUCGAGCUCUUAAACAAGACGAACAUGGUCGACUACGCCAUGGACAUCCACAAGAGCCUCUACCACACCGAAGACGUCCCUCAAGACAUGAUCGAUAGGAGGGCUGAGGUGGUUGCUCGCCUCAAGGCUUUGGAAGAGGCCGCCGCUCCCUUAGUCGCCUUCUUGCAGAACCCCAAUGCCGUACAGGAGCUGAGGGCUGAUAAAAACUACAAUCUCCAGAUGCUCAACGAACGCUACCAGAUUGGUCCAGACCAGAUAGAGGCAUUGUAUCAGUAUGCCAAAUUUCAAUUUGAAUGUGGCAACUACUCUGGUGCUGCCGACUAUCUGUUUCAGUACAGGGGCUUAUGCACAAACAGUGAAAGGAGUUUGAGUGCCCUCUGGGGGAAGUUGGCUGCUGAGAUAUUGAUGCAAAAUUGGGAUAUUGCUGUUGAGGAACUUAAUCGAUUGAAAGAAAUAAUUGAUUCAAAGAGUUUCUCAUCACCUUUGAACCAAAGUUUCUCAUCACCUUUGAACCAAGUACAGAGUAGAAUAUGGUUGAUGCAUUGGAGUCUUUUCAUCUUUUUCAACCAUGAGAAUGGACGAACACAGAUUAUAGAUCUGUUUAAUCAGGACAAGUAUCUAAAUGCCAUCCAAACCAGUGCUCCUCAUCUUUUGAGAUAUCUAGCCACUGCAUUCAUUGUCAACAAAAGGAGAAGACCUCAAUUUAAAGAUUUUAUUAAGGUUAUUCAGCAAGAGGAGUAUUCUUACAAUGAUCCCAUCACAGAGUUUUUGGCGAGUGUGUAUGUCAAUUAUGAUUUUGAUGGUGCACAAAAGAAGAUGCGGGAGUGUGAGGAAGUAAUCUUGAAUGAUCCCUUCCUUGGCAAAAGAGUUGAAGAAGGUAACUUCUCUACUGUACCACUGAGAGAUGAGUUCCUUGAGAAUGCUCGCCUAUUUAUCUUUGAGACCUACUGCAGAAUUCAUCAGCGGAUUGACAUGGGAGUGCUAGCUGAGAAGUUGAAUUUGAACUACGAGGAGGCUGAAAGAUGGAUGGUCAAUCUUAUCCGAGGCUCCAAGCUUGAUGCCAAGAUCGAUUCCAAGUCAGGAACUGUUAUCAUGGAACCCAACAACCCCAACGUUUAUGAGCAGUUGAUAGACCACACCAAGCUGCUCUCAGGGAGAACUUACAAGUUAGUAAGUCAACUUCUUGAACAUGCUCAGGGACAGGCUGCUCGGUGAAGUUCAGUGUUGAGCUGCUGAUAGCUUUUUCAAUUUUGAGGCGUGUCAGAGCUGUUUGUUUCUUUUGUAUUUUAAGGAUCAAGGUUAGAGUAAUUCUAGUGCCUCAUUUGGAGCAAGAUUGAAAAAUCAUUAGUUUUCCUAAACAUAUAUCAAGAUUUUCUUAACAAAAUGCCAUUAAGUUAUCAUAUUUGCAGAAAUUACGAAGUAAUCCUGUUGACGAAGUUAUGCUCAGCCUGGAAAAUUUUUCAAUUUUACAGGUUGUUUGUUAUAACAGCUUUUUAAUUUUUUAAUUGUUAAUUACUAAUUUUAUAUUGUUAUAACAAAUUAGAAAUUACCCG